UGUCGUCAUCCAGGCACCUGAGAGGAUCCAGUUACCGGAAGUUACCGACCGUGCGUUCACCUGGGCAGGCUGCCGUUUCGGGUGAGAGGAGUCGGCUGUUACAAAAGGAGAACGUCGUCAACAGUGGCUUGAAAGUCGGAAAAAAGAUCGGAGAUCAGGUGUUUUAUUCGACCGCGAAGAAGAUUGUUGGGUAUUACCUGCUCGUUUUCUCUGGGAGUUGGUUGAAGAGGGACCAAACAUGUUUGUCAGCGGGCUGGUUUCGGUGGCUUUGUUCUUUUACGCUUCGACAGGUGUGAGUGGCUUUACAGUCACCACCUCCACUCAAAGUGUGAGGGUGAAAGAGAAUGAAGGGACCGACCUGAAAUGCUCUUAUUCAGCGGACUUUGGCUCGAGCCCCAGAGUUGAGUGGAAAUUUAGGGACUUAAAAGGCUCACAGACAUAUGUGAUUUUUGAUGGGCAACCAACAACGUCGUAUUCUGGACGAGUGACGUUGUACGGUGGUAGCAAUCUGAGAAUCUCCAAAGUGACCAGCAGGGAUAAUGGAGAGUACUUCUGUGAGGUGUCCAGCAACGGCCAGUUUGGGGAAGCCACUGUGAAGUUGACUGUUCUGGUGCCUCCAGCUUCGCCUUUGUGUAGGAUCCCCUCCACAGUGACGACGGGCAAGACGACCCUCCUGUCCUGCCACGACAGCACUGGCUCACCUCCUCCCACGUACAGGUGGUACAGAGAUGGAACCCCUCUGCCCCUCGAGCCUAACAAGAUUGCUGGCUUCAAAAAUUCCACCUACAGGCUAAACACAGAGAAUGGCAACCUGGAAUUUCCUGCAGUAACCAAGGGGGACUCAGGUCAGUACUACUGUGAGGCUAUCAACGAUGCUGGUCCUCCUCAGCAGUGUAAAGCUGUGAGAAUGGAAGUCCGCGACCAAAACACGGCAGGAAUUGUUGCUGGGGUUAUUGUGGCUCUGCUGCUACUGGCCCUACUGGGAGUUGGCAUUUGGUAUGCCCACAAGAAAGGAUACCUGCCCCAGAAGAGCAAACAAAACGUGGUGUACCAGCCCCAGAACCAGUCACUGUAUGGUAAUGAAGAAGACGAUGGGGAUUUCAAACAAAAGUCAUCAUUCGUGGUAUAGUCUGCAAGCAGGAGUCACCACAGGAGAAAACCCUGGGUUUUAAGUUUCUCUCAUCAUGUCUCUCAUCAUUUUUUUUUUUUAAUAGAAUGAGCUGUGACCCAUUUCUGACCCAUUUUAGCCUCAAACUCUUUUCCAUUUACGUUUGGAGUGUGCAUUUUUGUGUUUCUGAUUUUGUCUGCCAUUUAGCAAGGAAAACAUCUGGGUAUAUAUAUAUAGUUAUUUUCACUGUGGGAAAUGAACAUACAAGUACAAUAGACACCAUUUUCUCUGCAAAUGCAGUGUCUAGAUAAAACCUCUUACAGUCAGAUUAUUACAUCUAACAAAGCACAAACUUUUGUAAAAUAUUCUUUUUCUGUUAAUUAUUAAGGUUUUUUUUCUUGUAAAUAACGUCUAAUAAUUUUACAUUUGAAAUUUACAACAAUUUAAAAAGCAGGAGUAGUUGUCAUGAAGAUUCCUGACACAAACUCUUAACAUUCAUUUGUGGUUGUCGUGGUUUGGAUGAUAUUAACAUUUAGGUGCUAAUUCUCUUUAACAUGUAAUUUCUGAACUAAUAUUACAUUUUUCUCCUUGUGUAGUUAGAGAAAUAAGUUUGUAAACUUCUCUACUACAUCUGGUGAACUCGUGCGUUGAUCUUCAAAAACCUAUAGCUGUUAAAAGAUGAAAUCCAUUUCAUCAGCAAACGAUUAAUGAUGAUAUUUUAAAUAAGUUUUUAAAUGAUGACCAGCAUGUUUGUGAGCAUGGUGUGUAGCCUUAUCAUAAUCCCACACUGUUCUGAAAUGAUGGUCCUAAUAUUAGUUUUGUCAUCUAGACAGACUGAUUUUGAGUCAUUUGGUAUUUUUGACUUCCACAAAUUCUCAGGUGCUUAGGAGGUUCGAGAAGGUCAGACAUCAGUACAUAUCACGAGUUUCUAUAACUGAUCAGGAAACGCUGUCUGUUUUCUACAUUGCUUGACCUUUGUAAACAUUUUAGAGCUUAACUGGCGGGUGAUUUUAACUUUGCUUUAUAUAUUUGUUAAUAAAAUGUUUGUUGUUA